AUGCCGCCUCGUUUCAGAGAUGCUGCUGACAUCUCUGGGCCUGUCCAGGAACGCUGGCUGCAGGCUUCGCCUGAAAGCCAGGCUCUGCAUAUCUCGCGCCCUAUACUUGCUGACAUCGACGGAACACGAGUAGAGCGUCUCUACUUCCACCGGUUCCGACGCGUGGCAGAGGCAGGUCUCUGCAACCACGUCACGAACCUCACCAGCUUCUGGAGCAGGCUCGCCCCGCAGCUUAGCCAUUCCAAUGAGGCUGUGAAGCAUGCCAUCGUUGCCCUUGGCUCUGCAUUCCACAUAUAUCAGACGGCACCCCCGCCAGGCGGGGGGGAGGCAAUACCACGCGAGCUUGAAAUUUUUACGAUCCAGCAAUAUAACACCGCCAUGUCAAAGCUCUCGAGCUAUGCCAAUGUGCCAAUGGAAGACAGGAUUAACGUCAUACUGCUGUGUUGCGUGUCGUUUCUAUGUAUCGAGGCGCUGCGCAAUAACUGGCGGGCGGCCCUGACACACCUCUCAAAUGGCCUGCGCAUCAUUGAGAGCCUGCCCAUGAGCACGCUCAACAAGCUGCGGGAUUCGUUGCCGUCUCAUCGCAGUUCAAGUGCCACGAAGAGCAUGUUGGGGAUGGACUAUAUACUCAGACUGUUCGCCACCUGGGAGAUUUCCUGUGCGAUGUUCGCCGAGAACUUUAAACCUGUCAUCUCUAUCAAGUUAUACGAGGGACGUGAAUUUGACGAUACGCCCCUGGAAGAGUUCGAGACCAUCAUACAAGCCCACCAGGCCAUUGUACAGUACACUCGCGAUGUGUUUGCCUUGGUUUGGAAAACUCGGAAGCAUCAAGGCGACGACGAGUUUUGGUCUUGGCCGCUUCCACGUCGCCAACAUGAGAUAUUAAUGGGAAGAGGUGAAUCCCUGACCGGCCUCUUCGAGCGGUUCAUGGAACGACCCGAAGCUCCUGCAAGCGGCACGAAAGAGUACUACUCCGUCUGUCUAGACAUGCUCCAUUACAAAUGUGCACGACUGCUGUGUCAUACACUUCACCAGAAGCCCUAUCAAAGACAGCAAUCACCGGGCAUCGUAGCUCAGCACGCCGAUUUGGUAUCGAUAGCUGCCCUCCUGUACCGGGGGCUAGCUGUCUCUUGCCAAGACCCGAUGGUGCAGGAAAGUGCUCUUGCUAUUCUGCAAGACUACCCUCAAAGGGAGAACCUGUGGGACGGCAACUUGGUGCAUAGCCUGCUGGUUGCCGUCGAGAAUGCCAAUUACAGACCGGCACAUCUCUUGGAGGAGCCCCCUCAUUCAUUGGCAUUUGGGAAAGGAAUACCAGCUUUAUAUGAGAAGCUGCAUGAGCCGCACAUUCAGGCUGAUGGAAAUUGA